UUCCCCAGUCAAAGACAUCCCGGCGGCGGCGAUGGCGGCGGCGGCGGCGGUGGCAAGGUCCGGGCUCCGGCGCAUGUUCUCCAUCUCCGAAUUCGCGACGCCGAGCCCGCGCAUGUUCUCAAUCCCGGCCUUCGCGCCGCCGAACCCACCGACGCCUCCCCCGAAGGCUGACCCCUCAAGCAACCUCUUCGUCUCCGGGUUAAGCAAGCGUACAACAACUGAUGGACUUAGAGAAGCUUUUGCAAAGUUUGGGGAAGUUGUACAGGCUCGAGUUGUCACAGAUCGUGUCACUGGUUUUUCUAAGGGGUUUGGCUUUGUAAGGUAUGCUACUGUUGAAGAUGCAACUAGAGGAAUAGAAGGAAUGGACGGAAAAUUUCUCGAUGGAUGGGUUAUUUUUGCUGAAUAUGCUAGACCCAGACCACCGAUGGGAGAGCCGACUUCUCAGUCGCAACAAUCAUGGGGCCCUCCAUCUGGUUCAUGGGGUAGUAGAUGAAGGGAUGAUCAUUCUGUCUGGCUGUGGGUCUGACAGCGUAUCAACUAGCCAUCGCGUUCUACACUUAGAUUAUACCUAUAUCGUGUUGUCCCAGGUGUGAACACCCCUGUCUGAUCCAAUAUUCUUGUCGUGUUGGACUGGUCGUUUGCGGCUUCCACAUGGAGCUGCACCCGUCGAACCGAAUAUGGACCAGACAUGUAUUACUGUCAGCGUGCAACAGACACGGAACAGCUUCAGGCCAUUGCCAAUAAUCUUAUCCUUCUUGUUCCUAAAGGUGUUGGUACUAUGUCAGAGUAGUGUCCCUUUUAUUUGAACUGUCGCAGCCCUUCGCUGGUGGCAUGUGCAGCUCAUGUACUGGAUAAUGACUUACUGCUUGGAAUAAGAACACGUUUGCAAGCGAA